ACUUGGACGUCCUCUAACAUUAUUUGAUCUGGGGUCAUGUCUGUCGCAUUAUCUGAGUUAUAUGCUCUAGACAGUCUAGCAGUUGGAGACAUCCCUACCAUCAAGAUAAAUUGUGGUAAUUAAAUUUCACAUUAAAGCUAAGAAUCAGACACAUUUUUGAGAACGCUACAAGAUGUUAGUUUUCCUGACAAAGCUGGUGGGUUCACCUUUUCUGACUCAGCAGUUGCUUCGAAGAGUCGUUUUAUUUUAUGGCGUUCACAUGAAGACAUGCUAGAGUUGCAAGAACUGUCUCUACAUCAUGACCUCCCAAAUAAUGUUAUGAAAAUCUCUUUCGGAGGUUCCGCUAUAGUUGAUUGCCAGAUAGCUGAAACUCCUGAAAACAUUGCGUGCCUUGUGUGCACUUCUCACGGGGCCUCACAGCUGAUGUUCCCUCAUCCACGUGUGGUAAUCAAAUAAUAAUAAACUUCAAUAUACAUCUAGAUUGCAACUUCUGUUCAACAGUCCAUUAUCGGUUGCAAGAGAAACGUUCAUCAUACUUUCCAUCAAAUAAAAGGGCUUCAGCCGAUGAACAUCCGUUGUGGAACAGCCUUUAUUCAGAGUCAUUCUGGUGUCUUGGUCUUUGCCUAUGGAUUGUCUACGGGUUCCAUACUCGUUGCAAGGGUGAAUCCACAUAAUUCUUCCGGUAAAGAGUCGUAACUAAUGACAUUACCUUAUUUAACCCUUCAUAUUUUCUAAAGCAAACUGUUCCUAGUAGAUUGAGUUGUUGCAAUUAGAGUUUAGGUGGUUCAUUUUACGUUUUUUGUACCUACUUUUUUAGGACAUUUAAAGGCUUCAAAAUCUUAGUCUUCAUAAUAACCUAGCUGAUUCCCCACGAACUUCUUUAGUUGUGAUAUCAAUAAUCGGAUGGUAUUAGGCAUAAAUUCAAACACUUAUUGGGUUAAUAACUUUUAUCAUAAUGCCUAUUGCGUAUAAUUUUGACCUAAGUUGUUUCGAAUAUUUCCUAUGAACAAUCAAUUAAAAAAAUUAUUGAUUAUAUACUUAUGGUGUUAUAAUAGAAACUACAUACACAAUCCAGCAAAACGUAAUACCACCAUCCAUAAAACAUUUUGUGUGCGAAUUACCAGAGGUGUGCCUCAGUGGUUAGAGUACUAGUUAUAUCACCGGCCCUCAUACUUAUUUGGAUUUGGAUUUGGUGAAUUAGUUAGAAGAAACAUGUAGAUAUAUUGGUUUAUUUAUUUAAGUUCUAUUGACCACUUUAGUAGUGAAGUAAUUAAAAUUUCUCAUACUUUUCGUUUUACCCACAGAAGUCACUGAAGUUUUUGAGCUAUGUCAAACUUCAAUGAUUCAGAAGAUAUGGUGCGGUAUUACGCCGUUUUCUAGGUAAUUCUCAUGUUCUAAUAUAUUUUUAAUUUCAGCAAAAACGACAACGAUUCUUCUUCCUCACCACUAGACAUAAGUUUUUUGAGUCUUGGAUCCGAUGAGUACUUCCUAGCCACUGUUUGCAAAGAUCACCGUUUGAGGAUAUGGGACCUCAAGGCAAGUAUUAUUCUUUUCCGCUUUGUCAUCAAGCUGUUCCCGUUUCUUAAUGUUUGUGGUGUAUCUUAUCAAUCGUUACUGAUGCUUUUACUCAACUAUUUAUAACAAGAUUAAUGCCCCUGAUAUUUCCAUAUUUAUUUAUGAUUAUUUAUUAUUUAUUUGAACACACAAAUAUUGGUACAAGGGGCAACAAAUACAUAUGCUCCACACAAGACACUGAGAAUGAGGGAAAAAAGGUAAGGAACGUAAAAGAAAAAAAAGAGGAACAAUAACGACCAGAUUAGUGUAAGGUAGUGUAAUAAUAAUAUUAAUGGGGGAAACGGACAGGUACAACUAGAGAGAAUUCUUUCAGGUAAGGAAGAUACAACCACUUUUUAUGAAAAAAGUAAAGGAAGGUUACAGCAGGAUCGCCACUGGCUUCUAUUCUGAGCCAUAUCUGAUAACUUCUCUAGCCACUGUGUUGCACCAUCUCUCGGACCCCAGUCAGGGAGUCGUGAAGGACCAACACAAGCCAGCCCUUUGCAGCUUUCUUUCAUACCCCGACACCAUGUCAUAAACUGAUCACCUCUCCGCUUUUUCCAACCAGUCCAGGCGUCGGCAAAUAAUGCGCGGUGAGGAAUUCUCUGGGACGAUAUUCGCAGAAAAUAUCCAAGCCACCGAAGUCGACGUUUCAAGAUAGUAACACUAAUUGACAUAUCGUCUCUGCUCGGACAAACGAUGCCGAACUUCUGCAUUACUAACAUAGUGUUGCCACUGGAUGUCAACGAUAGUCAAACACAGAGAGUCGUCUAACAUCCUCAACUCGGAGAGGCCACGUUUCACAAGCAUACAGCAGAACUGCUCUCACCGACGCGUUGUAGAUCCGACCUUUUACAGCCAGACUAACAUCACGAAGGUGCCAAAAAUGGUCCAGAUUGGCAUAAGACGCUCUGGCUCUCAUUAUACGUGAAUCGAUCUCAUCACUCACGCCACCACCAGCGCUUAUUUAGCUACCUAGGUACACGACUACUUCUAUCUACUCACCAUCCAGGGUAAGCAUUAUCGCACAGUAAGACGACAUCAUCCGCAUACUCUAGGUCGAGAAGUAUUUCUCCAGGCAACAGAUCCACACUGCCAUUACUUACACCCAUCAGAGCUGUUUCCAGAAUGUCAUCGAUGGCAAAGUUGAAGAGGAAUGGUGAGAUUGGGCAACCCUGUCUAACCCCACUGCUUGAAUGGAACAAUGGAUAAAGGUGGUUGUAUACCUUCAUUCUGCCUGAAGUGUUUGUAUGUAGGGUCUUUAGGAUGUUAAUAAACUUCUCAGGCACACCCUUCUUCAAUAGACAGUCCCAGAGAACAGUUUUGUCCAACGAAUCGAAGGCAACCCUGAUGUUAAGGAACGCUACGAUUGUUGGUCUGUGAUAAGUAUGACAGUGUUCUAACAUUUGGCGGAGAGUGAAGAUAUGAUCGAUACAUCCUCGACCAGAACGAAAAUCAGCCUGCUCCUCGCGAGUCAAUCUUUUUCGGGUUUUGAACAACCUACUGCCCAGCUGUCGAAACUAAAUUCGAUGAGGUUGGAUUCAAGAUGUCGCGUCAUUGAUUCAAAAUAAGGUCAUUCAAUUAAUAAUGUUUCCCUGAAUUUUAUCUACAAUUCGGCCGGCGUUUAAAUAGCGAGUAUUCACUUCGCUACAAACUGUAGAUCUUAUUUUAUAAGCUCAGAUACUCAUGUCUUUCAUGCAGAUUUUACUGUUUUCUCAAUUUAUGCAUUUUUUAUAUUAAUUUAGCAUCGCAGCUGUUUUGUUGUACUAGAUCUUCUGGAGGUUUUACCCAAGACGUUUGGUCUUGAUUCUACUUAUGAUCCAUCUGCAUCACACUCGAUGUUUGCACCUGGUUUGUGUCACCGUCUAUCUUCCUAUCCCGCAUCUGAUCGUGGUAUCACAUUAGUUGUAUACAUGUCUCUGUGUUUGUCUUCAUCCAACAGCAUUAGUUUCGAUACUACCCCUUCUGAGGAAGUAAAUUCAAGCUACUGGUGUUGGAUGCAUCUGGAUAUCAACAAAGCUCUAAGUCGUAAUCGAGAAAGUUUAAGUGUACUAAGAGUAGAACCACUAUUUCAACCUUCGUGGGGAAAUAACGCAGAGUUAUGGCCACACAAGAGUGGUCUGAACAUGUUGCCUAAAAUAAAAAGACCAGAUGUUAGUGUUUUGGAUUUUAUUCCCUCACAAGUAAUCCAGAGACCAGGCUGUUUAGAUGAUUCGUCUGAAAGCAGAAAAAAGCAUAAAAAAGCUCUCGGCGGGAUAUGGUGGAUAGCACACCAAACAAACGCUGAAGACACUGAGAUGGACAGUAAUUACUUUGUCAGGUGGACAGAAAUUCAAAACCCAGAUUGUGAUACUAAAAAACGUAGGGGAACUAUUUCAGCUUUCCCUCCUGGUGUAAAUCUUCUUGAACCUGUGCCUAGCUGGUAUAAACAUCCUACUUAUUUAACACAAUCCUCAGAUGAUAGCCCAACAGACAAUCUAUGGGAUGAAUCUAGUGUUGAUGUUCAGUUACAUAUAUUUUUGGAUCAACUUUUUCACCCUGGUUGUCUGUCCUGGUUUGCGAUUGCAAAUGCAUUCAAAUCACUUUGUGAAAGUUAUUCACUCUUGGAUUGUGAUUCAGUGUUCACCGUCAGUAAUCUUCAUGAAAUGCGUGUUUUUAUACAUCGAACUUUGUUGGAUAAGCUAAUUCCAAAUCUCGAUCAUGCUGGUUUCAAAACAAUGUUAAAGACAUUUUAUGCUACGGCUAUUGAUUAUCAUGAACAUGGUUUGCAACCUUUAGGAUUAUUACGUUUAGGUACUGCGGAUACUACUACUACUAAUGGUAGUAGUACAUCAGAAAAGAUGUUUCCCAAUGAAGAUGGUACUGUUAUAGUUAUUCGUCGAUGGGGAUUUUCUGUUCUACGUCAUUUACAAGAUGUGGAAAUUCUAUUAUGGAAUAAUGCACCUCCUUUAAUUAAUCGAAUGCAAUCACCUCAUCUUGAUACAAAAGUAAACACACAAAGCAUCGUUGAUCUAACUACGGACUGUAGAAAGAUCCUGCAUAUUCUCCAAGCUCAACCUCAAUGGCCUCAUUGGAAAGCUAAUCUUUUUGAUCGUACGAAAUCUAAUUUAAACGUCAGCCCAUUAGUAUUAGUUGAACAAAUAAUUGAAGAACUCGAUCAAAUCAAUGAAUGUUGGCUACCUCCGCCUAUUAUUUCAUCUGUAAAAUUUAAAAGCCCAUUUUGUACUGGCUCUCUGUCCAAUUCACAUCUCACUGCUGUCAUGUAUUUAUUAUCGCUUUUGGAUAAUUGUGAUAUUAUGAAUAAAAGUGUUCAGCCUUUACAAAGCUUAUUCUAUAUGGAUACUAAUUCAACGUAUGAAGAUAUGGAAAUAACUAAUCAAUCGUGGUAUAAUAAUAGUAGAUCUAUGGGAGAGAGAACAGGUUCUUUUAUCCCAACAAAUGGUCAAACAAUUGAUAAAGAAACUAAAAAAUUUACUAAAAAUCUUUCUAAUUCAUGUGUACAGUUUGUACGUUUAUCACUUGCUCAAUCUACUGAAACUCGUAUUUUAUUUUCAUUCGCUUUAUUAAUUUUAAUACGACGUAAUGAGCUUGCUUCAAAUGGUUUAAUCAUGUUACGUAAUAAUAAUAAUAAUGCCGAUGAGGAUGAUGUUGAAGAUGAUGAUUGUUCAACUGAUAAACAACCGAAAGGUAUAGAUAUCAACUGGCAUAGUAAUGCAAAAAAUCGACUUGUCUCAUUGAUUCAAAGUCUUGGAUUUUUACAUAAUUUGACCGUUGUUCGUGUACGGCCUACUCCUGAUAUGGAUAAAUUAUCUAUCAUUAGAGAUCAUCUGAAUAUCCUUGGAAUUCAUGAUAUCCUCUUUCCUAUUGAAAGACUGAAUAUUAGUUCUACUACUGCUCAUUUAUCAGUAUCACCAGUCAAUCAAACACCUGGUAUGACAAUAUUUGAUCAAAUCUGGUUGAACUGGGAUUGGUUGAAAUUAUGUUCUACUUCAAAGACUUACAUCUCAUCCCCCUCUUUUUCUAGUUGGUCUGAAUUUAGUGAUUAUGUUCUAUCAGAAUUUUCAAGAUUAUUAUCUCCUACAGUAGAUGGUGGACAAGGAAUUGUCUAUGUGCUUUGGUUGUUACUAUGGUGUGGACAUUCGAAUGAAGUGAUCAAAUUGUGUAUGCUUCUGUUACCUCCAACACGAUCAGCUCGAAUGGUUGAAAAUGCUACCAAACAGUUUGUUGGUGAUAUUAAUAAUAAUAAUCAAGAGCACAGAAGUUGGCAACUACUGUUCAGUUCUCCAGAUUUGAUCAAUACCAAUGAGGACGGGGAAUUGUGGCAGUCUCAAAAUUUUGAUAAUGACACUUCAGAUUAUGAUGAUGAUAAUAAUAAUGACGGGAGUAGUGGUAGAAUUUCUUGGUGGUGGGAGAAAGAUUUCAGUUUUGUUCAUUUAUGCAUUGGUUUAGCGAAAUUAUGGUCAGGUGAAUCGGGAUCAGCUAAGAAACAUUUUAUUACUGCUAGUAAUUGGUUGUAUUGUUAUACACAAUUAUUUAUGAAUUAUUUAACAGAAUCAUCAGUUCAUCAUUCUAAUUCAACAAUCAAUCAAAAUGUCCCCAAACUGUUAAUGCCAAUAUUAUUUCCAAAAGAAUUUUCACUAUCGAAAUUAUUUAGUUUAAAUGAAUCAACAGUGAAUGAUGAUAGUAACAGUAGAAAUACCAAUGGACUAUCAAUGUAUUCACUUUCUCCAGUUGAAGUACAAAUUCGAUUCUUAAUGAAGUUAAUGUCUGUUUUCGAAGUGUCUAACUAUGUACCAGAGAUUCUUGAUCUUGCGGAAUUCUGUUUAAAUCGUUUAGCUGAGACACAAAAUUCAAUCAAAUCAGAAAAUUGUUUAAAUCAAAACAGUGGAGGUAGAUCAACUCAUCGUUUAGCUUCUGUUUUGGCAAGUUUACGUGGAAUCAUGGAAAACGAUAAUUUAAGCGGAUUUCUAUGUGGUUCAGUAAAGAAAUAUCCAGAUUUUAUUGAGAAUGAGUGUAGUGUUAAUGAUAAUGAUCCUCAAUCUAGAAUUAAUACACGUUUAGCUGAUCUAGAAGCUACUUUAUGGACACGAAUGUUUAAACAUGAACUUGUGUUAGGAAAUUAUACCAAAGCAUAUAUGAUACUUCAAAGUAAUCCGGAUAUUGCUAGGCGUCGAGAUUGUUUACGUCAGUUGAUUGUCACUGUUUGUGAUCGUGGUGAAGCAUCUAAGUUGAUUUCUUUUCAAUAUGGACCUAUGGAAAACGAAUUUAUUGCUAUAUUGGAAGCUAGAGCUCGUGCUGCUGAUGUUGUCAUAGUACCUGAUCCGUCUACAAAGAAAUCUGUUUCCUCAUCACCAGCUGGCUCUAAUCCAUACUAUGAUGUGUUAUACGCUUAUCAUAUUCAUCGAGCUGAUUAUCGCGCUGCUGCUUCUGUUAUGUUUGAACACUCUUAUCGAUUAAUUGAAGAUACUAUGUUGGCUGCUUCACGGUUGAGUAACUUUCGUUCUGGUGGUGCACGUAUUCUGAUUGGAUUACAACGUCAAGCUGCUUGUCUUGCAUCAGCUAUUAAUACACUUUAUUUAGUGCCCAAAGAUAAUCAAUGGCUUGUAUGCAUAGGUCCUGUGAAUGAGGAUGUAGUUGUCAGUGUCGACAAUGAGGAUGAUGAAGAUGAUGAUAAUAUGACUGAAACUGAAUCAGACAAUACGUAUCCUAAUGACGACUGGGCGUUUGCCAAUCCUGAUGACCUUGCUUUGGACAAUAUUAUUGAUGAUCAACAUAAUUUCGAGGAUAACUCUCUAGACCAAGAACAACCAAUUUCAAGUGCAAAACGUAGUGCAACAACAAUUGACCCAUCUUUACCACGACUUGGAAAAGAUAAACGAAUACUUACAUUGAAAGAUUUAUUAAAUGCUUACAUACUGACACGUGCACGACUUCGUCUUGCUCAGGCUUGUUGGGAACAGGGAAUGUUGAGGGCGGGUGUAUUUACACCAGAUGAAGUUGUUCGAGGAUUAUUGUCCGUUGCAUUAUAUGAUGAAGCUGUUCGUCUUUGUGAAUCCUACGAUCUUGAUCCUGCACUCAUCAUUAAUAGUAUAAGUUUACGCUGUAGCGAGCUUGCUCAAUGCGCAACUGGUAGUGUCAACUUGGUGAACUUUUCACAGCCUACAGUUAAUUAUGAACUUCACCGAAAAGAGGUUUACGAUAUUCAUCGUACCACUUCUGUCAUCACAACUGGUUUAAAUCAAUUCCCAGUACUACCAGGAUUGGCGAAUGAUUCUUCUCCUUUAGAGCAUGAGGCCGAUCUAGUUCAACAGUCUUUAUCUAAUUUGUCCACGUUAAAUUUUGAUAAAGUUGGAAAUGACGGUGAUAAUAUCGGCGCUAUUGAAAAAUCCAGUAGCUUAAAAAUAGUACCAUACCAUUCUAAUUAUAAUUAUUCUAGUCGAUGCAACUUACCAGAAAUGUAUUGGCGUCUCCUAGAAACAGUUCUCACACGUCUAGAUCCUCCAAGUACAACUAAUGAAAAACAAUCAACAUUUCAAACAAAGUAUCAUGGUUUUCUACAUUUAAUUGCUUGCGAAAAUAUACUCGCCUCAGGUCCUAAUCAAUUAUAUCUACCCGAGUGGUUAACUUCACGCUUAUUGUCUACUUCAUACGCAACAGAACGAGCUGUUAACUUAUUACGUCUGUACAUAAAAUUCAAUCGUUUAGAAACAGCUUAUCGAUUAGCAAUGGAUAUGCUCGAAGCAGCUAUGAAUAAAGGCGCAGAUCCAUCAUCCUUUGGUUUACGAUCCACUUUAUCCAAUUCAAUGGAUCCAACAAAUCCCUUACGAAAAGCCAAUAAAACUAUGACGAUAUCAGGCACAAUGUAUCUUCCACAUACAUUAUUUAUUUAUAUAUUGAAUGCAUUGAAAGUAUUAUCGCCUGAAUCAAAAACCUGUGAAGCUAUGCACGACAAUUUAGAAUCGGCACUAAGAAAUUAUUUUGUUAAACUUCAAUCAGUUUGCCGCGGUUUAAUCACACAUUGAGGUUCGAAUGUGGAUCUCAUUUUAAAAGGACAUUGUUAACUCAUGAGAAUUACGUCUGAGUGGACUAAUCCUU